AUGCCGGUGUACUGUAUAAGAGGAAUCGAUGUGGAUUUUCCAUUGGAGGCAUACCCUUGUCAGAUCAUUUACAUGGAAAGAGUUAUGGAGUCUCUCCAAAACAAAUGUCACGCGCUUCUUGAGAGUCCAACUGGAACAGGGAAAACUCUUUGUCUUCUCUGUGCCACCUUAGCCUGGAGAAAUAGCCUUGGCAACAACAGUGACUUUGAUUCUCAAGGACGACUUCCUACCAUAAUUUAUGCGUCUCGGACUCAUAGUCAGCUCCGUCAAGUCAUUAAACAACUUAAAAUAUGCAGUUACAGGCCUAAGAUGCUGGUGCUUGGAUCACGUGACCAGUUAUGCGUUAAUGAGCAAGUUAAUUCUCUCCGAGGAAACGCACUCACUAAUGCUUGUCACCACCUUUGCAAAAAGCGCCAAUGUAACCAUUUCAAUCGGCUUCCAGAUUAUUUGCAGAAUAACCCUGAUAUUGGUCAUGAACCAGUUGACAUUGAGGAUUUGGUCAAUAUUGGAAAAGUUUCUGGACCAUGCCCAUACUACCUCACAAGAGAGGUUCACAAGGACGUGGACAUCUUAUUUACACCUUACAACUACUUGAUCAGCAAUUCGUAUAGAAACUAUUUGAAGGUCAACUGGAAUAGUAGCGUAUUGAUUUUUGAUGAAGCUCACAAUCUAGAAGGUUUAUGCGCAAACUCAGCUUCAUUUGACCUUCCUUCUGUGCUUUUAUCGGCUUGCAUUUCUGAGGCACAAGAAUGUGUAGAACUUGCGUCAGCAAGAAGGGGUUCAUUAGAUGACGAGUCCACCAACCCUGAGAAUUUUGUCAUACUUAAAGGACUUCUUCUAAAGCUGCAGGAACUGAUUUCUGAAGUCCCAAUUCCGAAAAAGGAUGAGGGAUUUACCAAGCCUGGGCCGUACAUAUAUGAAAUGCUUAGAAGCCUUAACAUCACUCACGAAACUGCUCCUAAACUUAUUGGUACAGUCGAGGACGCUGCAGUGCUCCUGGAUGAGGAGAAACAACGAACAUCGACCAAUGCUGGAAGCAAAUUAGGAAUCAUUGUUGACAUGCUUAAGCUGAUAUUUAGGGAAAAUGGAAGUAACCAUGCAGAUGUUUAUCGUGUUCAUGUACAGGAGCUUGAACAGAAUUCUACUGAUGUCAUAAAAGGCAAGGUCUCAAGAACGCUUAGCUGGUGGUGUUUCAAUCCUGGGAUUACCAUGCAGGAGAUAGCAAAAAAAGGUGUUGGGUCUAUCAUUUUAACAUCGGGAACCUUGUCUCCCAUGAAAUCAUUGGCCCGAGAACUAAACUUAGAGUUUCCUGUUCGGUUGGAAAAUCCCCAUGUUGUAUCCUCAAAUCAGCUAUGGGCUGGAGUUGUUAGUACUGGUCCAUCAGGGCGUGCUCUUAAUUCUUGCUACCACAAUCGUGAUAAACCGGAGUACAAACAAGAACUUGGGAAUGUUAUUGUGAACUUUUCACGAGUCGUGCCUGAUGGACUGCUUGUAUUUUUCCCUUCCUAUUACCUUAUGGACCGCUGCAUUACAUUUUGGAAAGAUGGGAGUCACAAGAACUCAAUGACAAUAUGGGAAAGAAUCUGCAGUCUGAAGAAACCUGUCAUUGAACCUAAAGAUUCGUCCCUUUUUCCUGCAGCAAUGCAGGACUUUUCGGAAAUAUUGCAAGACAAAUCGAUUUCGGGUGCGGUAUUUUUUGCCGUUUGUCGUGGAAAAGUAAGUGAAGGGCUGGAUUUCGCUGACAGCGCUGGCAGAGCUGUUGUCAUUACUGGGUUACCUUAUGCCAGGGUGACUGAUCCAAAGGUUAAACUGAAAAGAGCGUUUCUGGAUGAACAAUCACGACUUGCAAAUGUCAAGUUUCCAAGAUCAACUCCUCUAUCUGGAAGCAUGUGGUACAGUCAAGAAGCUGCACGGGCUGUGAAUCAGGCAAUUGGACGUGUAAUCCGCCAUCGCCAUGAUUAUGGAGCUGUCAUUUUCUGUGAUGAGAGAUUUGAAGAAACGUCCCAGAAGUCCAAGAUAUCCGGUUGGAUACGACCAUAUGUCAAGUGCUACUCUGGAUAUGAAGAGGUCAUUUCUGACCUUGCUCGGUUUUUCCUGACUGAGAAAUCAAAUAUUCCUGCAAGGAUUGUGACAGAAGAAGAAGAAAACGAUAUAGUUUCAGCAUUAUUACCAAAUGAGUCAACCACGAAUAUUCCUGCGCCAACCUGUGGUAAUAGCUAUGUGAAGGACGUUGGGGUUGUACGAAAUGAGUUGCGUAGUCGGGCUGCACCCUCGGAGUCUAAUGGAAAUUUUGUUAAAUGGAAAGGCCUGACCAUCCUACAACGUAAGAGCAAGAUGCCUCGCAUUGUAAAGGGAGAGGUUAUGCAGGCUUGUUCUUCAAGGAAGACUAGAUUAGUGGAACUAAGUGACGAGGAGACUCAGGUAGAGAAGAGAUGUGAAGUAGAAUGCGACAGCUGUAGGAAGGAGAUUCCUGAAACAGGAAGGUUAACAUCGAGCAACUGUUACAACACAAUGGGGCAUGUAAAAAAACGAAAGGUUCAAGAGAGUCAGCGAAGUGGGUCGUCCUCACUGUCGAAAGAAGAAUGGGGUGAUAACAAGCAAGCAAGUGCAUCUGCAUUUUUGAGUCAAGUCAAAGAAAAGCUCAACGGAGAAGACUAUAACAAGUUCGUUGGAUACGUGCAAGGAUUGAAGAAGAAAAAGCUUAAAUUAGUAAACGUGAUGGAGUCCAUUGUGCAAAUGUUCAGUGGGACAGAGAGAGAUCAUCUUCUCAUGGGAUUCAAGGACUUUGUGCCAGUAAAAUAUCGUCCUGCAUAUGAACAGUGCAUCAAAAUGAGAAAGAGAGAAGCUUGAUCAUUCAUCCAUUCAAUCUUUGCUAAAAUUUUACCCCCUUUUAACUGUAAAGUCGGAUGUGAAGAAAGGAUGUAAUAAUUAUUUUGUUUUGUUCAGUUGAUGGAACGUUUUGAAUUACAAAAAAGAAACAACAGUAGAACAAAAAAAAAAAGAGGAAUUGCAUGUGCAUGAGUUAGUUGCGGAAGGCGUCUCUGGAGGCCAUCCUCUUCCUAAGCCUCUCUCUGGCGGCGCGAGUACUGAGCGACCUGACGAGGCCAUGCCUGGUGAUCCUCUUCUCUUUGUCACGGAGAGAGAUGAUGAGAUCCGCGAAUGCGCUGAGUAUGAACCUGUGUGAUUUCUUGUUGUUGAGAUCGAGAUAGGAGAAGAGAAGCUCUUCCAUCAAGUCCCAGUCCACCUCGCUUUCUUCCGGUGUCCCUCCUAACUUGGACGACAUCAUCUCCACCAUCGACCUCCUGAAAUCCUCCUGAGGCUCUGCAGUGUAUCUCAGCACCGCGAUGCAGUUCUCAGGGAGCACCAAGGUGGAUGAGUUGGACCUCGACGACUGUCCCUCCUCCGACGAUCCAGGCGGUGGUGAUAGUCUCUCUGUUCUGCGCGGCAGAGCAUCUGGGAGUUUUGGGGAGUCAAGUCCCCCCCAUGUCCUCUCGAAUCUGUGGCGGUAGUCUUCUUCUUCUUCUUCGUCAUCUGAGGAGGACUGUUCCCUUUUCUCCUUCUUUUUGUCAUCAUCAUCACUGAUGCAGAGGGAUUUGAAGUUUUCCUCAAGGAAACGUUCUAUGUCCGACAAGGUGGCGGCGUGACCGGGACCGGAAUCCUGGUAAACAACGUGGUGGUCGUUGAAUCUGGUCUUGCUGGAGCGUCGUCUGUGUUUGAUGGAGAAGGAAAGCUUCUUGGGAGGCUUACAGCCAGCAAGCACCCACUUCUUGGAUGAUGAGAAUGAUUUCGACGACGACACUUGCAGCUUCCCUGUCUCUUUUUUUAUCUUUGACAUGUAAUCAUGCAACGAUUUCUGCAGCGGGUUUGGCAUUUUCUUUUCCUCCUUCUAAACAAAUGUUUUCUUUCUG